AUGGCUGGGGACGCCGCAAACAGCGGCGCUGGACAUCGCCUCGACAUCUACGCCACGUUCGGUCUCCGCAUCGAGACGCGCUACGUCACCGGCGCCGGCGCCGACGCUAGGCACGUGCCCAAGAUCGUGCGGUACGCCGUGAACUACCUCAAGUGCCUCGCGUCCGACGACUACCUCACGCUCAUGGACACCGCGCUACGCGCGGAUCUAGAGCGCGGCGACGAGGACGAGGACGAGGACGCGGGUGACGGUGACCACACCCCGCUCGCCAAGGCGACGGCGAGCGUGCUGGAGGGGCUGCACCGGCACGUCGAGGCAGCGCGCGGGGUGUGCCCGGACACGGUGGCGUCGCACGUCAUGGCCAUGAACGCGUACUGGUACAUCUACAUGCGCGCCCGGGGCUCGGAGCUAGCGAAGCUGGUGGGCGAGGACACCAUGCGGCGCCGGUACAAGGCGGCGGCCGAGGAGGCAGCGUGGGAGUACCAGGACGCGGUGUGGACCCCGCUGGUCCAGCUCGUCAGACAUGGAGACUGGGCCGAAACCGCCGUCGUGGCGGGUUGA